AUGCGAGCUGCAUAUGGAAGCCUUCUGAAUGCAGACCUUUGGUGCAAAGUUUGCCGCUGCCUGGAUGUGGAAAGCUUUCUGGGUUUCCGUGCUUGCCAAAAAUCCAGCCAAGUUUCAGUGAACUUCCUGGAGAUCGUCUUCCCGCCCAGGAUCGAGAAGCCCUCCCUGGUUGCACAGCUCAACCAGCUGCUUGAGGAUUCCCCCGAGCGCCAGCUGCAGCUUCGCUGCUGGCGUCUGGCAGCCAGGUUGUCGAAGCAAGAACUCAUCGACACCAAGGAUGCCAUCUUGUCCAUCAGCCACUGCGACUCAAAUCCCUCAGUCGUUCAGCGCGUUUUCGGACUGCGUCGAGAUCGAUGUUUCGGAAGCGCUCAUCCCCUCGCGCUGGAGUGGGAUUGCGAGGACUCUGAGUUUCCUUGA